AGAAUUCUUCUUCCGUAGAGGCCAUUUUGGACAUUGAGUUCCUCGCCCAGCCCCCACGCCACCGGCCAGGGUGGCGACCGAGGACGAGAAGACGAAGAGGAGGAAGACCCCCAAAUCUACUUGAAACUGUUGCUGAUUCGUCACCAAUAGAUGCAGAGUAGAGGAGCCGAAGCAACGGAUCGCAGGAAAAGAAUACUUUUUAGGAGAUUUCGGGCCUGGCAUUGAUUCAGUUAUCUCUGAGAGGCACCAUGGGUGACUCAACAGCGAUGACCAUCGAGUUCCUUCGUGCCAGAUUACUAUCUGAGAGGACAGUUUCUAAAGCUGCAAAGGAAAGAGCUGACCAAUUGGCUAAAAGGGUGACGGAGUUAGAGGAGCGGCUUAGGGUCAUGACUAUCCAGAGGAGGAAGGCAGAACAGGCGGCAGUGGAUGCCAUCUCCAUUCUAGAAACUCAUGGGAUUAAUGAUCUAUUUGAGGAAAUUGAUUCUAGCUCUGACAAAGAUGAAAGUCCUUGUGGUGAGGAAGGGUGCGAGGAAGCUUCUAAAGAAGAUGAAGUCUGUACAGCCUCGAAAGUGGAAAGGAUGGUAGUUGAAGAUGCACAAUCGAGUUCUGAACUUGAGGUUUCCUUCUCCCAAGCUAGGAGCUUAUCAUGGAGAAGCCGCAGUAGUAGUCCAGAUUCUGCUAGAAAGCUAAAAGGAAAGCAUUUCAGACAAAGGCAGAGACGAAUGAGUUUGAUGUCACCUGUUGAAUCUUCCCCAAAAUAUAACUUGGGAAAAUCAUGUCGCAAAAUAAAACAGAAAGAAAUGGGAUCAACUACUGAGGAAAAGGGAGAUGAUUUUGUAAUUAUUGGUAACAGCCUACCUGGAUUACCUGUGAUUGUUUCUGGAAGUCAGUCAUCUUUUGUGACUGUCCAAAAGCAAGAAGUUGAUGCAAUUGGGAGCGAAAGAGACAAAGAGAUGGAGAGAGUUCUAGAGCAGCAAGCCCAGCUCAUAGGUCAGUACGAAGCAGAGGAGAAAGCACAGAGAGAAUGGGAAAAGAAAUACAAUGAGAACAAAUGUUCAAAUCCGGAUUACUCUGAAUCUGAGAAGCAGUGUCAUGUAGCUGUAGUCAAUAGUGAGUCCCAGAAAGAUUCACUUGCAGUUCCUGAGAAAAUACCAUAUGAAGAUGAGGAGCCAAAAUCAGAUGUUCUCUCUGGGACCAAGGAACCUGGAUGUCUAUCUGAUGAUAUUGUGCUUAAAUUAUCAGAUAGUGCAAAUCAAGGAACCAUUGAUGGAGGCCAAGAUGCAAAUGUUGUGCAAUCCUCCAAUGCCUUUGUGUCAACUGAUCUACCUAGAACUAGAAGUGGAAGUAAUUCUCAGGCUUUUGUGGAGGGCUUGACGGAUCAAGUAGCGCAUCAUGUGGCGGUCACUGACAGUGAAGCUUGUCUGGUUGAGGUUGCAUUUCCUGCCAAAGUAAGCACUGUUGUGAGCUCGUUUGAAAAGCAAAACCAAGGUUUAAUUUAUGAUAAAUCUGACAGUGGCUCUAGUAACAAUAUCAAUAUGCAAGCACAUAGCCAAAUGAAUUCACCAUUAAAUGGAAGCCCUUCUACUGCUAAUUCCGAAAGGGAGACACCUAAAUGGGAAUUAGCAGGCACUCAGGAUCCAUUGUACGAGAGACCAACUCAGUCAGCUGGCAGCAGUAGCUUGGGGGGUGUUCUGGAAGCUCUUCAGCGUGCCAAGAUAUCCUUAAAACAAGAGCUCUAUCAGUCGCCCUUGCCAGGGAAAGGCACCAUGGCUUUACCAGCAGCAAGAAAUUACCAUACUAAGACUACUUUGUCUGGUGAAACUUUGAAAGUUCCCAUUGGGUCUGCUGGCCUGUUUAGAUUACCAACUGACACUUUUCCUCCGGCACAAAACUUGCAAAGGAAACUUUAUGGUUCAGGGUUAAGUUUGACGACUGGUUAUCCUCAUCUUGGAUAUGCCUUCACUACUGCUGACGGUCAUCCGUCAACUGUCCCUGAAGCUGGGUCCAAGAAUUCGAUGGGUAAAUUGAAUUUUGGUAAUUACCGUCCAGGUAUGGACCUUCCUACUUCAUUCAGGUACUCGCUACCAUACUCAGGUUCGACAGAAGAUAGGAUACCGGUUCCAAAUGAAGCUGAGAUUUCACUAGGAAAGCAACAUUUCAACACUUACUCUUAUGAAGUGGGAAUUCCUGCUUUCAGCAGGUAUUCCCUGCCUGCAAAUGAGGCGACAGAUGGAACACCCUUCCCAAACAGAUCUGGAGGCUCUGUGCACCAGCAGUAUUUUGAUUCCUACCAUCCUGGCAUUGAAGAGCCUGCUGCGAGAAGGUAUUCCCUUCCAUACUCAGACUUGACAAGAGAUAGAACAAUUCUUCGUGAUGGCGUUUCAGAACCUCACACCGAUAUAAGAAACCAAAUGCCUCCUCGAGACCGGUACUCUUUAUAUGGCGGCAACGGGACACGAUCCAGUAUGCAGAUACUGUAGUACCUUUUGUAGUAUGUAAUUCAUUUUCCCUAUAUGUAUCCAUUUGCAAAUUAGGAUGAUAUCUGAAGUUGAUAUUAUAUGCUCCUGUGGCAUACUUGAUGUAUUCGAUACUAGAUGGUUUUGGUGUUUAAUGUGAAAUAUUGUUGCCUCUUCUUUUUGCACUU